GAAACCCUAGCCCACCCCCAUGGACGAUCCCUCCUCCGCCUCCAACAAGCACAAGCGCAAGCGGGGGCGCAAGCCCAAGGCAUCGCCGCCCUCCCCCGACCGCUCCUCCCCCUCUCCCUCGGUCGCCCCCGCUCCGGCUGGGCGCCGUAGCCGCAAGCCGCGACGUCAUGAGGCCCUCGCCGACGCGGACGCCACACGUCCUCCGUCCCCGCCCCGCCGCGAGGAGCCGAAGCCGGUGGCAAACGGAGGCGAUGUGGAGGCAGUGGCGGAGUCAGGCCCCGCGAGCUGGGAUGAGGUGGUGAGGGUAGUGCCGUGCAUGGACGCUGUGGUCAAGGUGUUCUGCGUGCACACGGAGCCCAACAUCUCGCUACCAUGGCAGCGAAAGCGGCAGUACAGCUCCAGCAGCAGCGGAUUUAUCAUCAGCGGCCGCCGUGUCCUCACCAAUGCUCACUCCGUGGAGCACUAUACCCAGGUUAAGCUUAAGAAGCGCGGUUCCGACACCAAGUACCUUGCCACCGUCCUAGCCAUCGGCACAGAGUGCGACAUUGGAGUUUCACCUAUUGAGUUUGGAACAUUACCAGUCCUUCAGGAUGCAGUUACUGUUGUUGGCUAUCCAAUUGGAGGAGAUACCAUAUCCGUGACAAGUGGAGUGGUCUCUAGGAUAGAAAUACUUUCAUAUGUUCAUGGUUCUACAGAACUUCUAGGAUUGCAGUCUCUUAAACAUGAAGAUGCAGAGAACAUAGGUUAUGUGAUACCGACUCCAGUUAUUACACAUUUCAUUGAGGACUACAAAAAAUCUGGAGAAUACACAGCUCAUACACAGUUCGAUACAUUAUCCUUUUGUGCUUCCACCCCUUUAGGAUAUAUGUGUAUGACUUAUAGCAGUCUCUGCAUUUAG